UAUAGUUCCGGCUUAGACGGCCAUCUUGUGGUAUAGUUACAGAGAAGAUUAGAACGCCGGAGAGGAAGCGGGUAGUUGGGUUGAGAGAGGAAGAGUAGCCGGUAACAGGAGCGGAACCCCAAAGACGAGAGUUUGGAGAACAAAACGAAAUACGUAUUUGCUGGUUAUCAGCCGGAAGACCACGAUCAACUGGGUGACUUUAGGAGACCACAGAGUGCGCGAGAGCCAAGCGUGUUUUUGUUUCCUUUUAACUGACACAUUUUCAUUUGAGACCUGAGAACUCUUUCUCGUCGUUGUCUUCAUCAUCAAUGGCUCUGAAGCGAAUUCACAAGGAGCUUAAUGACUUGGCACGUGAUCCUCCGGCACAGUGUUCUGCGGGUCCAGUGGGUGAUGACAUGUUUCAUUGGCAGGCAACAAUAAUGGGGCCCAAUGACAGUCCAUAUCAGGGUGGUGUGUUCUUCUUGACUAUACAUUUUCCCACAGACUACCCAUUUAAACCUCCUAAGGUUGCAUUUACAACAAGAAUUUAUCAUCCAAAUAUUAACAGUAAUGGCAGUAUCUGUCUUGAUAUUCUAAGGUCACAGUGGUCACCUGCAUUAACUAUUUCUAAAGUUCUUUUGUCCAUUUGUUCACUGUUAUGUGACCCAAACCCAGAUGAUCCUCUAGUGCCAGAGAUUGCACGGAUUUACAAAACAGACAGGGAAAAGUAUAAUAGGCUAGCCAGAGAGUGGACAGAAAAAUAUGCAAUGCUUUAGGGUACAACAGAAUAGCCCGGGAAUGGACUCAGAAGUAUGCAAUGUGAUGAUACCUAUGGAAGUCAGAAACAACAUUCAUUAUAGUUGGAAUAAACUUUUAAAUUACUGGUUUCUUUUGGUUUUCUUAUUUGGCUGCUCCCCCUAUCAGACCAUAAACUCCCUCUCCCCAUCCCUUUUCGCCCCAUUAAUUCACAUGCUCUUAAGACGACUUGAGCUUCUGCAGCUUGGACAAAAACAACAAACAACUUUAUAUCUGCAAUCUCCCAAGGUUCAGAAAUCUUACUGGAGCAUGUGUUGUGGCCAAUUUCUUCACAGCACCUUGGUUAUGAGACUAAAACAUCCUCCCUCAUUACUCUAACUUUCAGAAGAAGUCAACAGAGAGAUGCUCAUUUGUAAGCCACCUCAUCAUGUCAGGAUCACCUCAUUGCUGGAAUAGCAUCUGUCUUAAUAUACGCUUUUCUUGAUAAUGUUAGACACUGAGGUUUGUCAGAUUUUUAUGCUCAUAACUGAGAUUGGGGAUGGAUUAUCUCUGCAGAAUGUGUAAGUUUCAGCAGUAAUGAAAUAAAUGCUGUAUUUUUAUGCAUGUUAAUAAUGGCAAGUUUUUUUUCUGCAGAGAAUUAAAUAAGAUAGGGACUUCAGAGUUCCUUAACAGGGUCAAAAGUUUUGUAUUUUUUUUUAUUAAAGAAAUAAACAUGCUAUUAGUUAAUCAGUCUUCCACAUUACUGUUUUAUGUAGCACUGAAUAAUGAUGCAAAGCUGUCAGUGGUUGAAUGAUCAACUAAUAGCUUAUCAAACUGUCUCACUGCAAAACCUCCCUGUCUUGUCUAUUCUCCCCACCCAAUUUUUAUUUUUAUUUUUUCCCUCGCUAAAUAAAGUUGCAUAAACCAACA